GUGUGUGUGUGUGUGUGUGUGUGUGUGUGUGUGUGUGUGUGUGUGUGUGUGUGUGUGUGUGUGUGUGAAGCUCCCGCUGGGCCGUCAUUCCUCAACACCGACUCACAAACUGGGACACCAGUAUAACGCUGUCAGGGAUUCAAUAAGAACAUACAAAGAUGUGCACUUUUGCAGAAAAAAACAAUCUGAAAUGGGCUUUAAAGGAAAUAUAUGAAUUUAUCUUAAAAACUCGACAUAUCGUCCAGCCCUACUUGAACCUGUUCCCUGAGAGGUGUCGUGCAUCUCUUUAAUAAUGAGUAUAACAUCGACCCCUGCUGUGUGUGUUUCAUGAAGAAAUGGACGAUGGCACACCGGACGAGGUCUUUGCUGAUCUGAAGUCAAGGGACCUCGGAGCAUGGGGGGUCGCUCAGAUAGCGGCCGGCACUGGACUCGCAGUUUAUGCCAUGUGGGUGGGAAUCCUCCAGCCGGGCUUCAGAAAAGUCCCCUUGAGGCUACAGGUGCCGUACAUUCCUGCCAGCAAAGCUCAGGUGCAAAAUGUAAUGACACUGCUGAGAGGUCGAAAGGGAGGCCUGGCAGAUCUGGGAUCCGGUGACGGCCGCAUUGUCUUAAAGGCCUAUCAGCAGGGAUUCACACCUGCUGUUGGUUAUGAGCUCAACCCCUGGCUCGUGCGCUUGGCUCGCUUUUACGCGUGGAGAGCAGAGUGUCAUGACAAAGUUUCUUACCGAAGAGAGGAUCUUUGGAAGGUCGACUUGACAGAAUGCAAGAAUGUCACCGUGUUUCUGGCUCCGAGCGUGCUUUCAUUGCUGCAGGAUAAGCUGCUGGCUGAGCUUCCCCGUGAUGCCUUAGUGGUGGCUGGUCGAUUUCCUUUCCCUGACUGGACACCGUGCCGGGUCGAGGGUCACGGCGUGGACAGAGCCUGGGCGUACAGCGUGAAGACACUCAGAGACAACUCGCAGAACAAAGACGAGCUCACAGUCACAGAAAGAGACGAUGAACGUACCAAGGAGGAAGGAUCCACUUAAAGCUACAAGGACGUAAAUCCACUGUUUAUCACUGUGUCUUAUUUAUUUUUGACUGAGUGACCUUUAGAAAACAUAUUAUAAGAUGUGAAUAUCCUUCGUUGGAACUCUGAGGACUUUUACCUUUAAAUUAAAAUCCUAUCUUUUUUAUCUUCAACUGGAAGUUAUAUUUCAGUGUUGCAGUGAUCAGCAAAUAGAUUCAUGUGUGUGCCACUGUUUUGAAGGAUGAAUUAUGACAUUUGUUAACUGACAUGUUUGAACCAGAAUCUCCUGAGUGAGAGUUUCUGUUAGCGUGGAAGCAAUGCCACACCUUAGUCACUAAACUGGUAUCACUUUGGGGGGAAUCACCUACCUCAAUUUCUCAUCUUUUAGAGUUUAAGCAUCCUUAGUUUAUGUGUCUGUUUGACUGUCAGGUACCAAUUAUGAAUGUUUCUAUUAUUGUUUUGUUUUUCUUAAGAGGCCAACAUCCGUCCGACUGCUUCCAAGCAAAUUUCAGAAGUAGAAAUGUAAACUUUGAAGCUUGUGGAUCAUUGCCAAAGGCUGCCAGUUAAUGUGAAAAUGUCUUUGUUGUCAGUGCAGAGCAGGGAAUGCGGCUCUGGACAUCAAUGACAGUGAGUGUUUUCUUCCUAACCUUACAGAACCGUUUGUAACACGUGUCAACCUCAUGGGGUCUAUAUCGUAACCCUGUCUGUUGUUGUUGUCGUUUUGGUUCCUUUUUCUCUCGGUUCUCUCGUCGUGGUUGCUAUUUAAGUAACGUCUUUAAUGUAUGCAUCAUGGACUGUGAAGUGUUAGUGCUUAGGCCCAAACACAACCGGCAGCAGCAGCAGCAGCAGCAGCAGCAGCAGCAGCAGCAGCACUGGUUUACAGCGACUAAAACUUUUCAGUUUUGUGAGCAGCCACAGAUAUCGAUGACAGAGAAUGCUGCACUAACGACUGCAUUCAGGACGUCUUUAAAGAUUUACUGAACGAUCUCAGUACAUCAUGAGUCACCCCUCAAGUAUUUGGUACCUUCAGGACUCCGUUACCAAGGCUUUAGGUGUACGAGUAUCCGUAAUAAGCUCUCUAUCCGUCUGACAUCAGUCACACUGCUGAACAGCAGAUAAACCUGACCCCUGUUGAAUGAGUCCAUGCACACUAUUUAACUUGUUUUCAUUUAUUUUUGAGUGUUUCAGCCUUUCUUCUUAUAUUUGUAUUUAUUGCGGGUGUUUUUGUUUUUUAAACCUUUGCAAAUGGAGAUCAGUCUAUUUUAUUGUGUUCAGUGCAUUACAUAAUGAGUUUUUAUGGUUUUCCUGUUUUGUGUUCUGCUUUUUUAUUAUAAUUGGCACAGAGCUCUGUGUUUCCUCUGCACUGUAACCCAUGGUAAUGACAUUUUCCACCUGGGGGAAACUGAAGUAUAUCUAACCUGAUCUCCAUGAAACAUCUUUAAACUGCAUGUUUGUAAGAAAAGACCCGGUUAUGUGUGGAGAGAUAAUGAAGUAUCUCUAAGAAGUGUAGAAUUCAUACGAUUGUGUAAUGUUGUCUUGAAGGUUCUGAAGAGAAAAAUACCUGAGAUGUGGGGUUCAAAGGUCAAACAGACAUCACAGGGACUACACACCUGUAUUACAAAGAUAUUUCUUUGUUUUGAUGAAGGCAUGCGUUGUUUGUUUGAGAGUGUAACUAAAUAAAAAAUAAUUCAGCCUU